AUGUCGAACAAAAAAUCGCCUGGCAAGCAAAUUGCCUCCUCUGGCUCUUCCGGUCGCAAGAAGAGCCGUCGAAACCGUCUUUCUGCGCUUUUCGGUCACAGCCCCGAGCAGGUUGGCGAUGCUGCUGAGCACGAGACGGCCCCUCAAGAGGAGGCUACACCUACAAAGAUCACCGCAAGCAACCGACGUGAGAAUGGAAACCACCCUCAGAAUUCUGCUACUCUGCUCGAAAAUGAUCGCAAGGAGAAUGCUACUCGCGACUCUAUCGUCACCAUCGUCACGACACCAACCACGAAUCCGUCUCCGAGUCGCAUGACGAAGUUGCCCAUUCAUCGCCAUAAGAGAGCUUCAAGCUCCUUCAAGAUUGUCGACAGGGACUCUGCUGACGCUGUACUCCUGUCUGCUUCUUCUUACAAUCCCUCUCCGGAGAAGAAGAACAAUACGGUUGCGAAGCUCGGCAUGCAGGCGCCUUCUUCUACUAAGCUUCCCUUGCACAACCAGCGCCAUAACCAGGAGGCUCUUUUACUGCCCUCAUCUACAUACUCUGGCCCUACCAUCUACAACGGUAGCCCUCAGAACAAACCCAACCACAGCAAGCUCAAGGGCAAAUCUCCUACCGAGAAUGCUCGUUCUCUCUCUUCCUACACAGAGCCCGGCCCUGCGAUCAAGAUUACCGACAGCGACGAGGAGAUUGCUAGGAAGCAUAAAGCUAUGGCUUUCACCUCCGCUGCAGUAUCUACUCCUGCCACUCCUCUUCUCAGCGCACUCAAGACCUAUGUCCCCGACAAGUCUUCGGGCGAGAAGAAGGUCCGCUUCGCCACGGCGUCAUCGACCAAGUCUGGCGAAAGCGACAAUGAGAGCGGAGGCUCGGACGAUUCGGACAAGACCAUCGAACCUGGUUUUGGAGGCAUGAAAGCGGCCCCGGAAGCGGCCCCGGAUGCCAUUCUAUCGCCUACAAUCUGGGACAAGAGUGCUGAGCCCAAGAUCUGGGUAAAGAACGGCAAACCCACCCUCUUCCAGCCUCAGAAGGGGCCCGGCUACUACACCAACCCCCUUUGGUCCCGCCAGUAUCCCGAGAUUCUCUCAGACGAUCCCCGAGUCAACCCCUAUGCUGCGAGCAUCGCUGGAAGCACCAAGUCCACGGAUGGAAGCCAGUACUCCGAUUACCCCGCGGCCCGCGUCGUCACCGACUUUGAUAUGGGCAACAAGCUUCACGUUAAUGGUGAAUCCAGCACCAACGUGAACUUCGGUACGGGUGCUGCGCCUGCUCGCACUCCUUUCACCAGAACCACUCGAGGCACUAUGCCUUCGCCCCCUGAUGCUAAUCAGAACUUGGUCGGCCGCGAUUUCCCGGACAUGCCUUCUGUCCCUGCUGGUUUCGGCAUGCCUCCUCUUUAUAGAGGCCAGAUCAAGCUCGAAAUUGGUGGCCGUCGCUUCGUCAGCUCCAUGGACGUUCUUGAGAGAAGCCCCUGGUUCAAGUACAUCUUCUCCAUCAACUUCCGCGAUUGGUAUCGCGAUGGUGUCUUCCACUUCGACAAUGAUGGAGAUCUCUUUGCCCACAUCCUGCGCUUCCUGCGCACUGGCAUGUACCCUCUCUUCUGGGAUGCGCGCAACGGCUUCGACUACGCCAUGUAUGCGAUGAUCCAGGAGCAGGCUCGCUACUACAUGCUCUACGACCUUGAGGCUUGGAUCGCCCAGCAGAAGUACCAUGACGUGGUAGAGACUCAGGUCAUUCACCAGAAGUUCAUCAUCCCCAACGCUCAGGGCUGGAUUCACGAGCAGAGUCUCGUGGGUCUUCACACCUCCGAGAUCUCUGGCGUCGUUGGACACCGCAAUGUGGCCCCUGAGGCCCCUGUUGCAGACGUGUUCUACUCCCAGAACGGAGAGAGCUCCAAGGGUAAGGAUAUUGCGGUUCAGCAGAACGGCCCUGGAGGUGCUGUGGCGCUGUUCACCACCGAGAAGGUCGUCAGAGUCCACAUGGACCAGCUCGGCCCUUUCUAA